CUGAUAUCGCCCCAGUUGUGCGAGAAUUGAUGAUGAACCGGACCUUUGUAAUCAUCCAAGACAAGUUCCAGGUCUUUGAGACCGCCGAAUGGGUCAGCUGGUUCACCGUGACGCUCACCCCUAUCCUCUCCGGUUUCACCGCAGAAAUGCUCGUCACGGUCACGGAUUACACAAACUGCACCAACUACCAAGUGAUAGUCAAAGGGCUGGACGCGGUGUUCCUUGAAAUGUCAUCCAUCAGGAGGCAGGAGAUCGCCAAUGUUCUUGUGGAGCACCUCAAGAAAUUUGCAGACCAGUUCAACGCACCAGCUUGCGGAUCGAACAUCCACAGUGACGCACAAUGGCUGAACAUCAACCUGGGUCUGUUCUCUACAUUGGCCAGUUAUUCUGACCUCAGGGACUUGAACAUCACACUGCUGGCAUCUCUGGAAUCCCUCUCACCUGAGCAAAAAGCACAGCUGCUGUUGGACGCGUCCACCGGCGCUCUUGAAAAUGAGACCGUGGUGAAGGAGGUGUUGGGCAGCGUCCUAGAAUCCCAUGAUGAGAUGCGGCUAGAACAGUUCUACGCGACGUUCGUGGAAGUCACCAAACAGCAAAACAUUACCUACAUCGAAAACGCUGCUGUCCGAGACACAAUGCUGAACAUGACUUUGACUGCCCUGGCUCCCGAAUUCCCCAACUUCCAAACCGGAGACUACAUGCUGUGGUUCCAAACCAAUCUCGUGGUCCUGCUGGCUAGCUUCCGUCCUUCAGAUCUGGUGGUGAUCCCCGCCAACCUCAGCUGUGACUCUUACGACGCAAUAUUGCAAGGCCUAGAGAGUGCUCUGGCGGCUCUCCCGUCCCAACUACGGAAGGAGCUCAAAGCAAGCAUCGUCGCACUUCGUGGAUCCCCCCCAGACGGUUGCACACCUCCUCAUCCCGUCGGAGUCUGCAAUGAAACACCAGUGGACGAAGAGAGUCUAUGUCGGGACGUGAACACUGUUCCGCUCGAGUCUGGCAGUGUUUCGGGAGGGCCUUGCGACAUCAGCAUCCCUCAGUACGCCUGUUCUUCGGUCGCCACGCUGUCCCCUCACCAACUUGCCGCACUGUUGGCCUGCAAGCCGGCCAGCGGCGCGCCAUACGGAGCAGAGGUGUGGAAGCUUUUCGUCCAGAAGUUUGAAGGAGUACUGGAAGACGCUCUGUCAGAGAACUCCAUCAAGAACCUCAGCGACGUUGAGUCUGCGUCCCGUGCUCUGGAUGCCAUUGGAGAGGUGAUAGUCUACAAGUUCGACGCUGCAGAGCUGGCAGACGUGAGCUUCGUUGGCCCCUGGUUCGAGGACAGGCUGACGCCGUUCUUGCCAGCAAUCUCUGGAGGACUUCUUUCCUGCCUCAGCUCCAAGAACUUCACCUGUGACACCUACCACGUCGUGGUGCGCGCGUUCUCCGCUCAAGCAUCGCACAUAAGACCAGAGCAGAAGCAGGCCGUCGUCGAUGAAUUCAUCCUUCCCUUCCUCUCCAGACGUGACAUAGAAGAUCCUGGCUGUCUUGCCGGAGCUCCAAGCACCGGUGGCUGGCUUGCUGAGAACUUUGGCGAAUUAUCCCCAUACGUCACCGUGAAGGACCUGCAGACUCUGAAUAGAAAUUUCACCAUUGUGAGUAACCUUUGA